UCCUAGCGGCCAAUCGCGAAACCAAGCCAAGCCGUAAGUCGGGCUUUGUAGCUUAGCUUGUGUGUGUGCCGAUUUUAUGCAUGUGCUGCAUGAGCUCCCCGCGCGGACACACUCCACCAAAGUGUCUUGGAUCAGAAACCAUUAAGUAUUUCAUGUCAAGUUGACGGAUCACCAAGAGGAAGCCAAAAUGGUCGUGUACUUUAAAAGCGAUGUGGAGAACCCUCCUGUCACGCUGUUCAUGGGCAAUGAUAAGUAUGAGAAUGAAGAUCUUAUAAAGUGGGGCUGGCCAGAAGAUGUAUGGUUUCAUGUAGAUCAGCUUUCAUCAGCUCAUGUCUAUCUACGACUCGCACCAGGACAGACAGUGCAAGAUAUCUCUCCUGCUGUCUUGGAAGAUGCGGGUCAACUCGUCAAAGCAAACAGCAUUUCAGGGUGCAAGAUGAACGAAGUUGAUGUUGUUUACACAAUGUGGAGUAAUUUAAGAAAAACCCCUGAAAUGGAUGUCGGACAAGUUGGUUUUCACAGUGAUAAGGAA